GUGAUAAGAAAGCUCCGCACAGCUGACGGACCAAAAUCCAAAACAAACUCGAAGCGAGGGCCCACGGCCUGUUGACCAAGUGCGAUGCCUUCAGUCGCGACUUUUGUGCCACGCGGCGUAUACGCAACGCGCACCGGCAAAUAACGAAUCAGGCGUAUAUAUCGGCGGGACGAGGCUAUAUAAGCAGGGGAUGCGCACCAAAAGCCAACAGAUGGUCGCUGACUGUGCACGCGUGUGGUUAUCGGAGAUCAGUAAACAGCCCAACUAAACACCGAAACUUACUGUAAUAAAAAAACGGUGAAUAAGCGAAAUAAUCAAAAUGCGGCCGCAUAUUUAUUUUGAAUUUUGAGGCGGCCGAGCACAAGGGCCCCCAAACUCUUUGGAUCUGCACGGAAUCCAGAAUUCCGAGAGGUAUGCCAUCGACGCAGUGUUUUGUGUUUGUUUUCCCACAAUGUGCCGUCAUUAAAAAGUUGAAGUGUGAGGAUUUCGCACGGAGCCUCGACAUUUACGACCGUUUUUCCCUGAUGCGAAGUGGUCCGCGGAAAUUCGCUAAUUGUCCGCCGGACGUUCCGCAGUUGUCGGUAUUUAUUAUGAUUAUUUUUCUGAACGCGCUCCAAUGAAUCUGGACUGCAAGUUGUGAAUAUAUCGAGAAAAAAAUUAUUAUUCCCCCGCGAGUCUUUCGGGAUAACAAAUCUUUCGAGCCCGUAAUGCCAAGUGAAGUGCGUCGGCAAAGAGCAAAAAUUAUUUUUCAACAAAAUACGGGACAGUUGGUGUCCUUGAGAAUCUACUGAGAGCAAAGGCACAACGCGAAGUCCAAUGAGUGCAUUCCAAGUUGAAAACUAAGUGAGCAACUGCUGCUUUGUCAGCCGGAAAAACAGAGAUUCACUCGUGUCACUCGCAGAAGGAAAAACAACAACCGACGGCCAGGAAAACAAUACGGUACCACGCACUAUAGCAAAUAUAUAGCAUACAUAUACCCAGGGCGAAGGAGAUUGCCAGGACGAUGAUAAUCAGCAUGAACCAGACGGAACCCACCCAGCUGGCGGCUGGGGAGCAUCUUAGUGGAUACGCCAGCAGCAGCAACAGCGUGCGCUAUCUGGACGACCGGCAUCCGCUGGACUACCUUGACCUGGGUACGGUGCAUGCCCUCAACACCACUGCCAUCAACACCUCGGAUCUGAACGAGACUGGGAGCAGGCCGCUGGACCCGGUGCUCAUCGAUAGGUUCCUGAGCAACAGGGCGGUGGACAGCCCCUGGUACCACAUGCUCAUCAGCAUGUACGGCGUGCUAAUCGUCUUCGGCGCCCUAGGCAACACCCUGGUGGUCAUAGCCGUCAUCCGGAAGCCCAUCAUGCGCACUGCUCGCAAUCUGUUCAUCCUGAACCUGGCCAUAUCGGACCUACUUUUAUGCCUAGUCACAAUGCCGCUGACCUUGAUGGAGAUCCUGUCCAAGUACUGGCCCUACGGCUCCUGCUCCAUCCUGUGCAAAACGAUUGCCAUGCUGCAGGCACUUUGUAUUUUCGUGUCGACAAUAUCCAUAACGGCCAUUGCCUUCGACAGAUAUCAGGUGAUCGUGUACCCCACGCGGGACAGCCUGCAGUUCGUGGGCGCGGUGACGAUCCUGGCGGGGAUCUGGGCACUGGCACUGCUGCUGGCCUCGCCGUUGUUCGUCUACAAGGAGCUGAUCAACACAGACACGCCGGCGCUCCUGCAGCAGAUCGGGCUGCAGGACACGAUCCCGUACUGCAUCGAGGACUGGCCAAGUCGCAACGGGCGCUUCUACUACUCGAUCUUCUCGCUGUGCGUACAAUACCUGGUGCCCAUCCUGAUCGUCUCGGUGGCCUACUUCGGGAUCUACAACAAGUUGAAGAGCCGCAUCACCGUGGUGGCCGUUCAGGCGUCCUCCGCCCAGCGGAAGGUGGAGCGGGGGCGGCGGAUGAAGCGCACCAACUGCCUGCUGAUCAGCAUCGCCAUCAUCUUUGGCGUUUCUUGGCUGCCGCUGAACUUUUUCAACCUGUACGCGGACAUGGAGCGCUCACCGGUCACUCAGAGCAUGCUAGUACGCUACGCCAUUUGCCACAUGAUCGGCAUGAGCUCCGCCUGCUCCAACCCGCUGCUCUACGGCUGGCUCAACGACAACUUCCGUAAAGAAUUUCAAGAACUGCUCUGCCGUUGCUCAGACACUAAUGUUGCUCUUAACGGUCACACGACAGGCUGCAACGUUCAGGCGGCGGCGCGCAGGCGUCGCAAGUUGGGCGCCGAACUCUCCAAGGGCGAGCUCAAGCUGCUGGGGCCGUGCGGCGCCCAGAGCGGUACCGCCGGCGGCGAGGGCGGGCUGGCGGCCACCGACUUCAUGACCGGCCACCACGAGGGCGGACUGCGCAGCGCCAUAACCGAGUCGGUGGCCCUCACGGACCACAACCCCGUGCCCUCGGAGGUCACCAAGCUGAUGCCGCGUUUGGAACAGUACUAAAUUGGCAAUCAAUCCUGGAGCAGCGGGCGGCUGGAGCAGCGUUCUAGGGAGGCGACUGACUGUCGCCCUUAGACUUAACACAUAUUGUCCAGUGAUCCAAAGCCAAGCUGAGUUAGCCCUAAGUUAAGACACAUGCGAGUAAGAGCUCGAAGCCUGUAAUCUAUUCUUAAGUGACCAUCUCAUGGCGUCCAUCAUCAACGUCGGACUAAGUCUAUGGUUAGAUCACUUUCGUAUCGAAUGCCGAAAAGUAAUUGAAUGAGCCCCCAAUUGGAUUUCGGGUAUUUGAUAAGUCGAAUAUGCCUAAGACUCGAAUAAGUUCUCUCAACAGUUCCUAGGAAAUAUUUUCGUUUUAUUUCAUAGCAUUUCUUGGUAUCAUCUAAGCUAAGGAUUACCUAUAAUUGAUGUUCUGUUCGCUAUUCAAUAAUGAUAGGAUAAGUUGAAGUUCACUAAGCCAAAGUGAAUUUAAAGUAUAGUCCAUAAUUAUAAAAUAAAUGUCAGCUGCUCUUAAACAUUCAA